CGGUAAAAUGGCGGCGUCAGAGGAAAGUGCAACUUCUGAAAGUUCCAAACCAGAAACGGAUACAAAUGAAACAUUUAAUGAAUUUUAUUCGGAGGUGAAAGAGAUUGAGAAGAGAGACUCGGUGCUCACUUCUAGCCAGCAGAUAAACCGUUUAACGAGACCCGGAGCCACAUAUUUUAACCUGAACCCAUUUGAUGUAUUACAACUUGACCCAGAAUUGCCUUUUGCUGAUAUAAAGAAAAGAUAUAGACAGAUGUCAAUAUUGGUUCAUCCUGACAAGAACCCAGAUGAUCUUGAACGUGCACAGAAGUCAUUUGAAGCUGUAAAUAAAGCAUACAAAACCUUGGAGAAUGAAGAGGGAUAUAGAAGAUGUAAAGAAAUCAUAGAGGAAGCCAAGUCUAGGACAGAUGAAAUGAUGAAACAGAAAAAGAAACAACUGAAAAAGGAAGGAAAGCCAGUAGAUGUUCCAGAAGACCUUCUGGAAAAGUAUCAACAUGCUGUGUAUGUUCAAACGUGUAAACUUUUUGCUGACUUGGAAAGAAUGAGACAGGAACGGGAAACAAAAGAAAUGCAUGAAAGAAAAAGAAAAGCAGAGGAAGAAAUUGUAGAAGAAGAAGGUAAAAAACUUAAUGCUGAAUGGAAAAAAAAUUAUGAGGAGAGUCGUGCUGGCCGAGUUGACAGCUGGAGAAGUUGGAAAUCUGCAGGGAAAAAAUCAAAGAAAUCAUUCAAACCUCCAAAACAUAAAGCAGAAUCAAGACUUGGAGGUGAAUGAUGAACAAUCACCACAGCAGCAACAAAUUCAUUUCUUUAUCAUGCUGUCUUAUGGCUAACAUUAUUCAACAAGGGGAAACAACCAUUACUGGAAGCUAGCCACUCCAACCACAUAAGUCUUCAACAGGGUGUACAUGUGUAUCUUAAAGUGACUUCAUUGUUGAUGAAAUUUGUGAGCUAUUGUUUUAUUUUCGUGUUGUUACAGUGUACACCAGUUUCCGACUGGCUCUGAGUGUGGUAAGGUUACAUAUAUACAUCAUCAUUGUACAUACACCAUUUUCAUGGUUGUAAGCUAUUGGUAAAAAGUAAUACCAAAGUUUUCUGUUUUCUUUCACUGUAGUAGCUAUUCAUUUUUGACUGUUAAUGAUGUUUUCUGAUGAAGAGUAGCUUCCCUUGAUGUAACAGUGAAACUCUGCAGUUGGUAACUUUUGUUCACAUUUGUGGCAAGAAAAGUAACUUUGAGCUUCUCAUUGGUAUGAGCAGCAGGUUAUUUAGAUCAUGUUUUCAGUGGAAGUGGUAUCUGAAAGUCAUUUUUCUUUACAUGCACAGAUAUGCGUGCAUUUGGCCAGUAACAAACGACACUCCCUGUUGUUUGAGAUGAGCAAUUCUUUACAACCUUACUUCAGUUCAAAAGGCAAUGUCUGGUUCAUGAAUUAUUUUUGGAGUCUUAUGUCUUUAAAUCUAAUGGAGGAACUGAUGUUAACAGAACUGCUUUGUCACAUGCAGUGCUAACUGAGGGGGGAAAUUUGCCAAAGUUUUGAACAUUUCUGUACUAAUGGCUGGCUGUGUUAAAAACAGCCUGUAUGUCCCAGGUUGUGGCUUUUUCAUAUCAAAAGGAAGUCGGCUUUAGUCCAUUACCAUUACAGACAGCUGAUCUGAACACAAUUUACUUUGGUUAUGGUGCUGUGAAUUUUGACAGCGGGAACAGUGAAUGAUAUGGCCACUUUAAUCCUGUCUCCAAUUUUCGUUGAGCAUUUUUCACCAUUGACUGCAAAUUAUAUUUGAUCAGAGCUCAUUUUCUUGGUACGCAAUUUAUAUAAAUACUUGAAUGCUGUCAAAAUGUCAAAUAUUGAAAUGUGCUAGUUAAUAUUUGCUAACCUCUGAUACACUAGUGCUUGUCAGUGUUUUUUCUUCCAGAUACCCAGUUCUCUCCCUUGUUAGUAGUAUUGUUGAUAGCCUCUCCUUGUGGUACAGGAAUGUUCAUAGAUCUAGACUAAGGCUGAUUUCACAAAGCCAUUUCUUACUUAGCUCAGAAUUUAAAACUAAAUUUAAAAUAAUUCUUCAAAAUAAUGAGGUUUUAGUUCUUUAAUUUGAAAUUUUGACUUAUUUGUCUUGAAAUGAAACUUAGGAGUUCAAAAUUUUGGUUUCUAGUGCUCAAACAUAAGCUGUUAAGCUGUGUUUCAAAUGUUGAUGUAAGUUGUAAGUGGCUUUGUGGAAAAACCCAGGUGUGAUUUCAAGGAUGUGUAAUAAUCUACACAAAGCUGACUGAUGGUCGGAUUAUACCCACUGAAACAGUUGACGUUCCUCACCUAUUAUUUUUGCUCUGUUUUGUUUGUACCUGUAGAUAUGUGACUGAUUUAUUAUUUCCUUCAUUGCUGGAUACUUUUUUUUUCAUGUUAUGAAGUUGAGAAAGUCAUCAGUUUUGAUGGUAGAUUAAAAUACAUGUAUACUGACCUGUCCAAACCAUUCCUGAUCAUUAUGAAAGAAGUCAUUGUCAUAGAAAUAUUGUUUUACUCACAUGUUGUGAAAAAAAAAUUUUUUUUUUAAAUGUCAUCAGUAAAAAAUACAACUUACUAUUUCUGUAAAUGUGCAGUUUAUUUGCCAUGAAAUUUGUAGUGUCUACAGUUUACAAGUGUGUGAAAUAGUUUGACACUGACGUACUCAAACUGACAUGUAAGUUGUACAUAAAUGACUGAACUAUGACAGUGAUAGGCUCUAAGGGUACACUAGCACCGGCACAAGCUAAAUUGAAACUUGUUCACAUGUUGAUCCAGUUUACAUGUGUUCAUUUUUUAGCACAGCCCUUCGAUUAUGAUUAUUCUGUAGUGAUACAUGUACAGUAAAAUGUUGACCUGUUGGUGAAUACCCACAUUGCUUUGAACCAUCAUCAGUCAUUCACCUGUACAGGUGUCAUUGAGGUUGGAUUGG